AAAACAAAUCUCUUUGUGUGUACUUGCAUCCUCGCACCUUGGCUUUAUUUUGACUUCAGAAUAACUUCUCCUUUCUUCUCUUCACUAAAUAUUUUAUUUUUUUUCUCUUCAAUUUUUUUUUUCUCAAUAGGUGGAAUCAGCCAUAGCCAAAAGCUUCUCCUCUCUGAUUUGUUGGGAUCGAGAGAGACUUUGUCAUGAAAAUUUGUAGAAACAUCAUCUCAAAGAGAAGUAUAUCAUUAUAGCUAAUGUGUGAUGCUCUUCUUUUGACCACCACCUCUGUUGGUUUAUGACCAGACUCAUCGUUGUUCUGCCUACUUUUAUCAGAUGCAGAUUGAAGAUUCAUGUUUGUGUUGAGUUUUAAACCGACAGAACUAUUGGCAUAGAUAUAUAUACAGCAAACAAUGGAUGCUAACGAAGUUGAAGAGAGUUUCUUUGCCCCUGGUGAUGCCAAGCUACAUGGAGAAAUGUGCAACGCCCUAUCAGCGAUCUACUGCAGGAUCAUGUCUAUAUUCCCCUCGCUCGAAGAUGCUCGGCCGAGAAGCAAAUCAGGAAUACAAGCUUUGUGUUCACUUCACGUUGUUUUAGAAAAAGUGAAGAACAUCCUACGCCAUUGCACUGAAUCUAGUAAACUAUAUUUGGCUAUAACAGGAGAUUCAGUAGUUUUGAAAUUCGAAAAGGCGAAAACUUCUCUUUUAGAUAGCCUUAGGCGUGUUGAAGACAUAGUCCAACAGUCCAUUGCCUCUCAGAUUUUGGAGAUUAUAACGGAACUAGAGAACACUCAGUUCUCGCUUGAUCCAUCAGAGAAGGAAGUUGGCGACCAGAUCAUUGGACUGCUCCAACAAGGAGGCAACUUCGAGAGCUCAUCUGAGAACAACAACGAGCUCGAAGUUUUCCAUCAGGCUGCUACUAGACUAGGCAUCACAUCUUCAAGAGCAGCACUAACAGAGCGAAGAUGCCUCAAGAAACUCAUCGAGAGGGCAAGAAUGGAGGAGGACAAGAGGAAAGAAUCAAUCGUGGCGUACCUGUUGCAUCUCAUGAGGAAGUACUCGAAGCUGUUCAGAAGCGAGAUCUGGGAUGACAAUGAUUCGCAAGGUAGCAGCUCACUGCCUUGUUCACCGACUGUUCAAGGCUCUCUAGACGAUCCUCCAGGCCGUGCUUUCGACAGACAGCUGUCUAAACUGAGCUCCUUCAACUUCAGACCUUGUAAUAACAACAGUAAUAAUAGGAGAUGUUCUGUGCAGAUGUCUGUUCCUCCAGAUGAGUUAAGGUGUCCUAUAUCGUUGCAGCUUAUGUAUGAUCCUGUUAUCAUCGCCUCUGGACAAACGUACGAGAGAUUAUGUAUCGAGAAAUGGUUCAGCGAUGGACACAGCACAUGUCCCAAGACACAGCAGCAGCUGUCUCAUCUAUGCUUGACUCCUAACUACUGUGUCAAGGCUCUGAUAUCGAGUUGGUGUGAGCAGAACGGCGUUCAGGUCCCUGAUGGACCUCCUGAGUCUCUAGACCUUAACUACUGGAGGCUGGCCUUGUCUGUGUCCGAGUCUUCAGGGAAAAGUGUUGGUUCUUGUAAGUUUAAGGAUGUGAAGGUGGUUCCUCUGGAAGAGAGUGGGACUAUUAAAGAGGAAUCUUGCGAGUUAGAAUACCAGGAAGAAGCUGAAGUGACACUUGUUGAGAGAUGUUCAGAGCUGUUAACCACUUUGAGUGAAGUGGAUACUUUGAGGAAGAAGUGCAGAGUUGUUGAGCAGAUGAGAGUGUUGCUUAAGGAUGAUGAGGAGGCCAGGAUUCUCAUGGGGGAGAAUGGGUGUGUUGAAGCUUUGCUUCAGUUUCUUGGAGCAGCUCUCAUUGAAAAAAAUGAUUCAGCUCAGAAUGUUGGAGCCAUGGCUCUCUUUAACUUGGCUGUGGACAACAACAGGAACAAGGAGUUGAUGUUAGUAUCAGGAAUCAUUCCUCUGCUGGAGGAGAUGCUGUGUAACCCACACUCCCACGGUUCAGUGACAGCCCUUUAUCUAAACCUCUCGUGUCUCGAAGAUGCAAAACCCAUCAUAGGUUCCAGUCUUGCAGUUCCUUUCAUGGUGAACCUUCUCUGGACAGAGACCGAAACACAAUGCAAAGUCGAUGCCCUCCACGCUCUUUAUCACCUCUCCACCUACCCUCCAAACAUCCCCUGCCUUCUAUCUGCUGACAUCGUCAACGCUCUUCAAUCACUCACCGUCAGCGAUGACCAGCGGUGGACGGAGAAGUCCUUAGCUGUACUGUUGAAUCUUGUUUCGAACGAGGCGGGAAAGGAUGAGAUGGUUUCGGUACCUGGCCUGGUGAGCAACCUGGCCACGAUUCUUGACACUGGUGAAGCAAAUGAGCAAGAACAGGCGGUUUCUUUGCUUUUGGUAUUAUGCAAACACAGUGAGAUUUGUAGCCAGAUGGUUUUGCAAGAAGGGGUGAUACCUUCUUUGGUGUCUAUUUCUGUGAACGGGACUCAACGGGGAAGAGAGAGGGCGCAGAAGCUUCUGACGCUGUUUAGGGAGCUGAGGCAGAGGGAUCAAACCCAUCUCACAACAACGGAGCAGCAUGUAGAGGUGACAAGCCCCCAAGAAGGUGGAUUCUCUGUGGCUGCAGCCGCUGUAACAGAGUCCAAACCGCAGUGUAAGUCAGCGUCGAGAAAGAGAAUGGGAAGAGCGUUCAGUUUUCUGUGGAAAAGCAAGAGCUUCUCUGUUUACCAGUGUUAGUUUGUGUAAAGUUGUCCUUGUUUUCACCCUCCUUAAGAGACUUAUUAAUAUCUCUUUUUGAAAGAGUCUUGGAGGACCCAAAAAGAUGCUUUGUAUAGUUUUUUGGUUUAACUCUUUUACCUUCUAUAUAUGGAUUUGCUGUGGAAACAUUUUUUUUGGUUAAAACUAAAAAGUAACUCAAAGAUUUGUUA